GAAGAUGAAUUAUAUAUUUGCUAUUGAUUUUUUCAGUAUUUAUUUUUAUUUCAGUUUGAUAACUCAGGACUUAAUCUCUUUUACGUUCGUAUUGAAGAUCAUUUAUGUUUUGGUUUUGAUUUUGUUCUUACUUUUACUUUGUUAAGGGCAUUCCGAUAGAGAUAUUUGGAAAGCUCCAUUUCGAUCCCGUGACCAGUAACUUGUUUUAGUGGUUACUUCAACUCGACCGGCUUUCUGGAACCCGGCGGAUCUAUAUAGGUAAAAGGGCAUCUUGUAUUUCCCAGUACACCAAAAGAAAAGAAUUGUGGAUGACCAUAGAAUCUAGGAAAAUGUCUAUGACGCAACUUACAAUGGAUUACCAUUGCCUAUAAGUAAAGGUUACGCUAUUAACCUCUAAUUUCGAGGUUGUUUUUGGGAUUAGACCUUUCUGGUUGGUUUGACACAAUCGGAGCUAAGAGCCUACAUACAUUGCAUAUGACAACAUACGAGCAAGAUCCUGAUGUUCUUCAGUGGGGUCUACAGCUCUUUGACAGUGAUCCAUACUCUAGUUGUGGAUAUUAUGGCACCAUUAUUCAAGGUGAUGUGGAUCAUUAUCAUGGACAUUAUUUUGAGGAAGAUAAUUAUGAUACAGAAUGUAGCAAUAUAGAAAAUGAUGAGCUUAUUGCCCAAGCUCUUCAAGAAGAACUAUCACAACUUGCAGUUGUAGAAGCACCUGGAUCUCCAGAUGAAGAAUUGGAGCGUUUGCAAUUAUCUUCUAUCUCACAGGAUUGGCUUGGUCAGUCUAUGAAAAACUGUGGCUCUGGUCACGAAUGUGGCCAGGAAGAGGAUGAUACUAUGAGACCUUCUACUUCAUGUUCUAGCCCUGAUGAAAACUCAUACUGUGGGGAUGAGCGGUCAUAUUCACUAGAGUUGAUGGAUGAGUAUGCUUUUGAUGGAGAAGUGGGAAAAAGGUUGACUCUGAUGGUUCCUGUUCCUCAUGUACCAAGAAUUAAUGGGGAAAUACCCUCAGUUGAUGAAGAAACAUUAGAUCAUCAAAGGCUACUGGACAGAUUGCAGUUAUAUGAUUUGGUUGAGCAUAAAGUUCAAGGUGAUGGUAACUGUCAGUUCCGAGCUUUAUCGGAUCAAUUUUAUCGAACUCCUGAGCACCACAAAUUUGUGAGAGAGCAAGUUAUAAAUCAGCUUAAAUCUUACCUGGAGAUUUAUGAGGGAUAUGUUCCCAUGGCUUAUGAUGACUAUCUGGAGAAGAUGUCCAAGAGUGGUGAAUGGGGUGAUCAUGUAACUUUGCAGGCUGCUGCAGAUUCGUAUGGUGUUAAAAUAUUUGUGAUAACAUCUUUCAAGGACACCUGCUACAUUGAGAUUCUUCCUAAUGUUGAGAGAUCAAAGCGAGUAAUUUGUUUGAGCUUUUGGGCAGAGGUGCACUAUAACUCAAUAUAUCCUGAGGGAGGUGAGGAUUUUUAUGAGGAUGAAGGUGCAAGACAGGACUUAGCCCAUGGAGGUGAGGCAGAGGUGUAAAUAGUUUAUGUUAUGCUAGCUUUAUGAUUUCUAGUUUAAUAAGUUAUUUUGUUAAGUACAUGAGACCCUAUUGGUUUUAAAUAAUGCUUCUGUAGACUUUCUUUUGGAUUUUAAGAAUUUAAUAAAGCUUGACUUUAUUUAAUUAUAGAAUCUUUUGUAUCUAGCGUUUCAUUAACAAGAAAAGUUUUUAAGUCAAAGUUUAGUAGUACACCGGUUCCUUGAGAACUCUAAAAAUAACUUUAUUGGGGAAUAUGUUGUUACAACAAGUGAUUUUAAAGGAGACGAAGAAAGGAGCAGCAUAGUGUUGCUAUAAUUCUAAGGCAGUGAGAUAGGUUAGUUUCUAAGACAAUGCCAAGGAAUGGAGAAUAAAUGUUGUGUAAGGUUGUUAUGGAAUUUUGGCAUAAGCAUACUUUGUAAUCUCCCCAAUUUCUCAUCAUGAAAUAUUAAAUGUUUCACCUUUAUGUUUAUGAAUAUUUUUACUUCGUGUUUUCUAAUAUUUGAAUGCAUUUAUUUUUGGUGCUAUCUGUAUGUGAAUAUUUAUAUAACUGUAUGAGUAACCGUAUUGUGUCAAUCAUUAUGGAUGAGAUGGAGCUCGGACCAUUCCUGUGGUGCAUCACCAUGAGCUUCAUAUGGGUAGAAAGAGUCCCCCGUGAAUGAUUGGGGUGGGAGGUAUCGCGUUGGCCUCACCUAAUAGAUGAGAUGAAAAAUCCUUCUCGCGUAUCAUGUGUAGACAUUUUCCAAUUCAACAUGUAUAUUUCUGUGUGGGAGUCAACUUGUGCUGGGGACAGACGAGUUGACUUGCACCAUAUUGGUCAAGUGGGAGAGAUUCCCUGAUUUUGAACGGUGGAGCGACUUGAUCCCUAUUGGCCCAUCAGGCGACGAAUGUUUGUGUUACGAAUAUUUAUGUGAGAAUUGUGAACGGCUAUGUGAUUGGUGUGACGGGUUUUACGUGCUUGAGAAGAGGGUGUUUCCUUAUCUUAGCGACAUUUACAAUUGUAUAUGUAUUAAGUUUUGCGCAGAGGGUAAUUCUUUAGAGGGUGAUUCAUUACCAUGCUUAUAUAAAUAUGUUUUACUAAGAGGUUAAUUUCUUGCCAUGUUUACGAAUACAUGUGUUUUUGCCUGAGAGGAAGAUUCCUUGCAUUGCACUAAUACAUGCGUUCACCUACUUACAUGAAAAUGUUCAUUACAUAUUCACGAGUAUUGUUUCUCAUUAGCAAUUUUGUCAUAGCUUUCUAACUGCCUAUGGUUUCGGUAUACAUAGACUUUGAUGCAGAUUUAGAUCCCGGAGUGAUACUUAAGGAGGAAGAGCCAACCCUGCCUGAGCAAUAAGUGUGUCAUUCUAUUUCUGGUGUAGGACCUACCAUUUAUGGGAGCUGUAUUUGUAACUAUUAGCCAGGCGACCAUAUACGUUCGGUCGACCUCAUUCUAAGUGUACGAAUCAAUCAGCUGGACAUGUGUAAAGUUAUUUAAGGAAUGAAGUGAGUUGUGGAUGUUGUGAGAAUA